AUGGCGGUGAGGCGGCGGCAGAGGCUGGGGCCGGGCGGCGGGCGAGCGCUGCUGGGCGCGGUGUUGCUGUGCGUGUGGUGGCGGGCGGCGGCCGAGCGGGUCCGCUACACCAUCGCCGAGGAGCUGGGCAGAGGCUCGCUCGUGGGGCCGCUGGCGCGGGACCUGGGGCUGAGCGCGGACGAGCUGCCGGCGCGCAAGCUGCGGCAGCGGGAGAAGCAUACUUUCACGGUGAAUGAGGAGAACGGGAAUCUGUACGUGAACGAGAGGCUGGACCGGGAGGAGAUGUGCGGCACAUCUGAGAUCUGUUCUGUCAGCUUCGAGGUGCUGGUGCACAACCCGCUGAACGUUUUCCAUGUCGAAGUGGGCAUCCAGGACGUGAACGAUAAUUCUCCGCGUUUUCGGAGAGAUAAAUUUGAGCUGGAGGUCAACGAGUUGACUUCUCCCGGGGCCCAUUUUUCCGUGGGCAUGGCUGACGAUGCGGACGUGGGAAGUAACUCACUGCAAGGCUACGAGCUGGAGACCAACAAGUAUUUUGUUUUGGACGUGAAGGAGAGCCAAGAUGGCAGCAAGUUCGCAGAGCUGGUUUUGCGACACAAUCUGGACAGAGAGCGAGCCGAGCUCCAGCUGCUGCUGACAGCGCUGGACGGUGGAGACCCGCCCCGGUCUGGUACCACGCAGCUCUGGAUCAACGUCACCGACGCCAAUGACAACCCACCCGUGUUCGCAGAGGACCGGUACCGUGUCAGCCUGCGCGAGGACGCUGCCCCGGGGUCGACGUUGCUGAAUGUCUCUGCCUCCGAUGCUGACACCGGCACCAACGCCCGCAUCACCUAUGGCUUCGGGAAUGCCGGCCGAGUUCACCAGAAAUUCAUUAUGGAUGCUGAGACUGGGAGGAUGUCGCUGAAAGAGUCACUGGAUUUCGAAGACACGCGAGGUUACACGCUGUUAGUGGAGGCAAGGGAUGGUGGCGGUCUGGUGGCGCAUUGCAAGGUGGAGGUACAGGUUCUGGACGUGAACGACAACCCUCCAGAGAUUACGGUAUUGUCGUUGUCGAACCCAGUGCCUGAGGACGCGCCGAUGGGCACCGUGGUGGCCGUGCUGAAUGCAAAGGACCCAGACUCGGGCGAGAACGGUCAGGUGUCGUGCGAGCUGUCGGGCGAGGCGCCGCUGUCGAUCGUGGCGUCGCCGGGCGGCUCGUACAAGGUGGUGACGCGCGCGCUGGACCGCGAGCAGGCGUCCGAGCACCGCGUGACGGUGGUGGCCCGGGCGGGGCGGCCGGUGCUGUCGAGCAGCACGGAGCUGGUGCUGGAGGUGUCGGACGUGAACGACAACGCGCCGGUGUUCGAGGAGGCGGCGUACAGCGCGUACGUGGCGGAGAACAACGCGGCGGGCGCGCUGUUGCUGCGCGUGCAGGCGCGGGACGCGGACGCGGGCGCCAACGGGCGCGUGAGCUACUGGCUGGCGGGCGGCAGCGCGGGCGCGGCGGGCGCGGCGCCGCUGGUGUCGGUGGAGGCGCGGAGCGGCGCGCUGUACGCGCAGCGCUCCUUGGACUACGAGCAGUGCCGCGAGUUCUCGGUGGAGGUGCGGGCGCAGGACGGCGGCGCGCCGGCGCGCAGCUCCACGGCCACGGUGCGCGUCUUCGUGCUGGACCGCAACGACAACGCGCCGCGGGUGCUGUGGCCGGCGGCGGUGGCGGCGCCGGCAGAGGCUGCGGCAGUGGCGCCGUUCGAGGUGGUGCCGCGCUCGGCCGAGGCCGGCUACCUGGUGGCCAAGGUGGUGGCGGUGGACGCGGACGCGGGGCGCAACGCGUGGCUGUCGUACGAGCUGGUGCAGGCGUCGGAGCCGGCGCUGUUCCGCGUGGGGCUGCACAGCGGCGAGGUGCGCACGGCGCGCGCCGUGUCCGAGCGGGACGCGGCCAAGCAGCUGGUGGCCGUGGUGAAGGACCACGGGCAGCCGGCGCUGUCGGCCACGGCCACGCUGCACGUGGUGCUGGCCGAGAGCUUGCAGGAGGCGCUGCCGGAGCUGAGCGAGCGGGCGGCGGGCGCCGAGGCAGCGGCGGCGGCGGCCGAGCUGCAGUUCUACCUGGUGCUGGCGCUGGCGCUGCUGUCGGCGCUGUUCGUGCUGAGUGUGGCGCUGGCCGUGCUGGCGCGGCUGCGCCGGGCCGGGCCGCCCGCCGUGCUGCGCUGCCUGGGCGCGCAGCGCUUCUCGGUGGCCGGCGCCGCCUUCCCGGCCGACUUCUGCGAGGGCACCUUGCCCUACUCCUACAACCUGUGCGUGACGGCGCCGGCCCGCGCCGUGCCCGAGGCCUCUUGGCCGCCGGUGCCCGUGCUGUCGGCGGAGGAGCUUCUGGGCGCCGAUUCCUGCGCGAGGCCGGACCCGAACAGCAUCUCCGCAGAGGGAGACGUGCUCGCUGGCCCGGAUGCACCGCAGGUCUGUAAAGCGUGA